AUGGCUGCAUUGCUGUCCUGCAGAGUCGUGCGUAUGAAUGGCAGCUGGUGGCUGCACCGCUCUGUCGCCGUGGCCCCGGUCUGCUCCAGGGGGGUGAGGAGGUCCUCGUCCUCUCCAGCGACCCUCUCUGCCGUCCAGGACAAGCCUCAGACGAUGAAGGACCUCCCACAAGUCAGCUUGCUGGAGCUGCUUUACAGGCUGAUCUUUCAGGGUUUUCACAACCGUAUGCAUGAGCUGCAGAUCUAUGAGAAGCAGCUGUAUGGACCCAUAUACAGAAAUGGAAUGAAGUCGGUGGCGGUGAACACCCCAAAGCUGCUGGAGGAAAUCCUGAGGCACGAAGAGAAGUUUCCUUGCCGAGGAGACAUGUCCCUGUGGAAAGAGUACCGCGAUAUGAGAGGAUUCGGUUAUGGGCCUUUCACAGAGGAGGGGGAGGAGUGGUACAACCUGAGGGUGGCGCUGAACAAGCGCAUGCUGCACCCGAAGGACUCAGCACAGUAUGGUGGGGUCAUCAAUGACGUGGUAGUAGACUUCACCAAGAAGAUCCGCUACCUGCGCCAGUGCAGCCCCACAGGCGAGUCCGUGACCGACAUGGCCAACGAGCUGUACCUGUUUUCACUAGAGGGUAUUGCCUCCAUAUUGUUCGAGACCAGGCUUGGGAGUCUGGAAAAGGAAAUCCCUGCUGGUACACAAGAAUUCAUCAAUUCCAUAGCCCAGAUGUUCUCCAACAGUAUGGCUGUGAUGGUGGUUCCUAAGUGGGGUCGUAACCUGCUGCCUCACUGGAGGCGCUACAUCGCUGGCUGGGAGGGCAUCUUCAGCUUUGCGAAAGAGUUGAUUGACAAGAAGAUGGAAGCCAUUCAGCAGCGAAUCGACAACAACCAAGACGUGGAGGGUGAAUAUCUGACAUACCUCCUCUCAAAAACUCAGAUGAGCACGAAAGACGUGUAUGGCAGCAUUGCUGAGCUUCUUUUAGCUGGGGUGGACACAACCUCCAACACCCUCACAUGGGCUCUGUACCAGCUGUCCAAGAACCCUGUAAUCCAGGACAGACUCUAUGAAGAAGUGUCCACAUUGGUACCUGCAGACCGGAAUCCCACUGCAGCAGAGGUCACUGGCAUGCCGUAUUUAAAGGCUGUGAUCAAGGAAACACUCAGGAUGUAUCCUGUGGUUUCUAUGAACGCAAGGAUCAUAACAGAAAAGAGUGUUAUGAUUGGUGGAUAUCAUUUUCCAAAGAAAACCCCGUUCUUCUUUUGUCACUAUGCCAUUAGUCAUGAUGAGGACACGUUCCCAGACUCGUUCAUGUUUAAACCGGAGAGGUGGCUCCGUGAUGGACGAGUGAGGCCAAACCCUUUUGGUUCCAUCCCAUUUGGUUUUGGAGUGAGAGGCUGCGUUGGUCGCCGGAUUGCCGAGCUUGAGAUGUAUUUGCUUCUGUUUCAGCUAAUCAGGCAGUUUGAAAUCAAACCAGAUCCCACAAUAGGAGAGCUGAAGUCCAUCAAUCGCACUGUUCUGAUUCCAGACAAUCAACUAAACCUGCACUUUGUGGACAGACACUGUAAAAACACAUUUUAAAUCGUUUUUUUGCAGAUCGGUUUGAAAAAAAAUGUGGCACAUGAAUGAAGUGAACUAUGUAUGUAUUUGUAAUCAUUCCUGAUGCAUUAAGUGAAGUAGGAGCAGUUUUACAAACUUUUCUAUAACAAAUGUAUGUGUAAAUAUAAAAUACAUGUUUAAACUCAUACUGCACUUUCAUUUAAUAUGCAAAAAUGUCACUGUUCAGAAUGUACAAACAGAUAUACUAAUCUGUAGAUGUUGGAGGAACUGCUAAUCUGGGCUUGCACAUGUUUUAUUUUUCUAAAACUUGUAAGAUACUUUUGUAAACAAUAUUUUGCUGCUUUUUUUCCAAUGUGCUCUAAUGUGCUCCAAUGUUACUCUAUUUAAAAUCAAAGCUAAUGACUCACAACAUUUCUUCAGUGGGAAAAUCAAUUUAUAGAUGAACAGUAUUUGAACUGUGUGUCCUUCUGUGGUCAUGUGUGAACUGAAGGUGCCUUCACGUAAGUCUAUUAUUUUGUUACUCAUGUAGAAUAUUCGCUGUCAGACGUCUAACCACACUGUGUGACUUUGUAUAUCACAAUAAAGCCUUGUCUCUUUUGUAUCCAGUGCUGAAACCACAGCUGCUGCAUUUAAAUAAAGAAUGAAUAAAUCA